AUGGUUCAAGCAGAAUCCUCCUCAAGUGCUGCACGCAAUAGUGCUAAAGCUUCCACUGCAGGGGCUCCUGCAGGCUAUGAACUCCCCUGGGUUGAGAAGUAUCGACCGGUCUUCCUAGAUGAUGUCGUCGGUAAUACAGAGACCAUUGAACGAUUGAAGAUUAUUGCGAAAGAUGGAAAUAUGCCUCACGUUAUUAUUUCGGGCAUGCCGGGUAUUGGAAAGACAACCUCUGUUCUGUGUCUUGCUCGGCAGCUGCUGGGAGAUUCAUAUAAGGAGGCAGUUCUGGAGCUGAAUGCUAGUGAUGAGCGAGGUAUUGAUGUGGUGCGUAACCGGAUCAAGGGUUUUGCGCAGAAGAAGGUCACUUUGCCUGCAGGUCGUCAUAAGCUUGUGAUUCUGGAUGAGGCCGAUAGUAUGACACCUGGCGCUCAGCAGGCCCUCCGACGUACAAUGGAGAUUUACUCAACUACUACUCGAUUCGCCUUUGCCUGCAACCAGUCCAACAAGAUCAUUGAACCCCUCCAAUCUCGAUGCGCCAUUCUCCGAUAUGCACGAUUGACCGACUCUCAGGUUGUGAAACGAUUGAUGCAGAUCUGCGAGGCUGAAAAAGUUGAGCACUCUGAGGAUGGUAUUGCCGCUCUGGUAUUCAGUGCCGAGGGUGACAUGCGUCAGGCUAUCAACAAUUUGCAGAGUACCUGGUCCGGAUUCGGGUUUGUGAGCGGAGACAAUGUAUUCCGUGUUGUGGAUAGUCCUCAUCCUGUCAAGGUUCAGGCUAUGAUCAAGGCUUGCUGGGAAGGAAAGGUUGAUAUUGCUUUGGAGGGAUUGAAUGAACUAUGGACACUGGGCUAUUCCUCCCACGACAUUAUCAGCACCAUGUUCCGAGUUACCAAGACGAUCCCAACUCUCUCUGAGCAUUCCAAGCUGGAGUUCAUUCGUGAGAUUGGAUUCACCCAUAUGCGUAUUCUCGACGGUGUUCAGUCUCUGCUGCAAUUGAGCGGCUGUGUUUCGAAGCUCUGCAAGAUCAACAUGAAGCCUGAGCUUUUCGUGCCACCCAAGGCUUGA